AUGGAGGCUUCAGUAUCUCAGCGACCCAACAACCGCGAGAUCCGCGUCUUGGAUCUACUACCUGGCUGUCCCGACGAAACAAUCGAGUGCCAUAUCCGAAACGUUAGUGUCGAUGGAGAUGCGCAAUAUGAAGCGCUAUCAUAUGUUUGGGGAGAUGCAAUCGAGAAAAGAAGCCUUCAAGUGUCAGGAAGCCCCGUCAACAUCUCGCCAAACCUCCACGACGCUCUUCGACGUUUACGCUAUCCAAACCAAAUUCGCACGCUAUGGGUUGACCAAAUAUGCAUCAACCAGUGGGAUAUGGAAGAGAAGGCCAGCCAAGUUGCCUUGAUGCGAGAAAUCUACAGUAAAUGCGCACAUUGCAUUCUAUGGCUGGGUGAGAUCCAAUAUGCCGAACAUGGCAUAAAUGAGGCGGACACAUACGCAGUAUUUGCGUUCUUCGAAGCUGUGGCCAACAGGCCAGCAAUUAGAAACGCAUCAGCAGGAGAGGCCUACGACUUGUCUAGUAAAGGCGUUGACCCCGAGGAUGGCCUCCCCAUGCUCUUUCAAGAAGGUGCCGCAGGCGUGACGGCCCGGAAAGCCUUUGCAGCCUUUGCUAUGUAUGGAAAUACCUGGUGGGAGCGCAUCUGGACAAUUCAAGAGUCAAUACUGCCCCACUCAGCUGAGUUCAGAUGGGGCCCACUCUCAGUGUCACGGCGCAACAUACUCCUAGUGGUACAGCAUCUGCGUGGCGACAAUCUUCGCUCUUUCUCACCCAGGUUUCGAUAUCAGCGCAUCAUGCAUACCCCACUUCUCCGUGGUCUUCUGUAUCCUGUCAACGGGUUUCUACAUUCGACUGAUGGCGAGUCCGGUUUAGACUUGUUCAUGCGCUGGCGCCAUCGGAAAGCUACCGAUCCACGCGAUAAGAUCUAUGGGCUAUUGGGCUUGCUUGAUGCGCGUCAGAUUACAGAGACUCUUCCACACGCUCAAGCGCGUAGCUACUCGAUACCCGCAUCUUUAUUAUUUGCAAUGGUUACAAGCGAUCUACUGCUAUUUGGAGAAGGUCUUAGGCCUCUGAUUGCGUCCAGCGAGAUGCCGCAUGUCACUCCCAAUCUACCGAGUUGGUCGAUCGACUUCGCAUGCUCCAACCGUGUAGGCAAGCGCCAGCUGAAGUGGUGGAAUCACUCGCACCGAUACAGGCAGUUCUCGGCAGGUGGUAGAAUCGAGCGCGAACAAGAGCUCGAGAAGGGAGGCUCAGUACCGAAGGUAUCAAGUGAUUGGACAUGUCUAUCCUUACCAGGUCUGCUGGUCGACCAAGUAGAGCAAGUCAACAGCGUGUACGAGGUUUCCGAUGAGGAAUAUCUUGACUAUCGGAAGAUACGGGACAUAAUGUCCGACGCAAGGCAACUAGUGGAAGAACGGGAUAGCUAUAAACGUGAUCCGGCACAGUCGUGCGAACCCCUGUGGCGGACCAUGGUCGGUGAUCUCGUCAUGGCUGAGUAUCCUAUCGAACGAGCGAAAGCAACACACGCUUCGGAAUUUCUCGAGAUCGAACGCGCACUCAACAAUGAACAAUUCUCGCAACAAGGCCACCAGUCCAGUUAUCCUCCACACGGAAUGAGCGGGCUAUUUGAAUCUCUCUGUGGUAUGGUACCAAACCAUGCUUUCUUCGUUACAAAGAGAGGCUACCUCGGUAUGGGCCCGCCUACUACCUUACCGGGAGACCAGAUCUGGGUCUUUUAUAACGGCAAAGUACCAUUUGUUAUGCGGGAAAGAAACACAGAAGAAGUUGAGAAUGAAUAUCAUGAGCUUCGUCUUGUUGGAGACGCGUAUGUACACGGCAUCAUGGACGGUCAGGCUAUCUCAGACGAGCACGUCACUCAGACAGCUCACAUUUACUAA